GACAUUAAUGCAUCGCAAAAUCCGUGAUUUAAGAUGAAUCAUUUGGGAAUUUCAGCAUCAUUUACCAUCGGCAAAAUGCCUGAUUUUGUCGGCGACUCUUAAAGGUUGUUCAGAGCCGUUUGUAGAGCCCUGGGUCAUCGUAGUUGACCCUAUACCUUUGGAGAUCAUGGAGAAAGUUGAGGUGAUUGAGGUUUUGAAACUGAAUGAGGAUGGGGAGAGCUGCUACAGCCAAACGGAGGCGUCCACCCCAAAGAAGAGGAAGAGCAAAGCUCAAGAAGACAAUGCUGAGAAACCUAAGAAGCCAAGGUCUGCCUACCUGCUUUACUACUUUGACGUUCACCAGAUUAUGCAACAGGAAAUCCCUAAUCUGCCACAGUCAGAGAUCAACAAGAGAAUCAGUGAGAGCUGGAGAAGGCUCAGUGUAGCUGAGAAAGGCUACUAUCUGGAGAAAGCCAAGUCGGAGAAGGAGGGCACAGACACAUCGUCUCUGAGCCCCUCUAAAGACCCUCCGGGCUUCCGCAAAAUCCUCCCCAGGGCCAGUUACUUUCUCCUGUCUAAAGGCUGCUCUUCAAAUCAGCAGCUAGGCGGCUCUCAGCCAGAGGUGAGCGUGCAGACUCUGGACUCUCCAGUGGAGGGAGGCCUGCCCUCCAUCUCUGUCACCCAAGAGCCUCAGUUCACACCUCUUGGGUUGGCCGGUGAGGUGGAGCUUUCUGAGCAGUCCAUUGUUAUUGAUGAUAUUGCUGAGGAAACGGAAGUGGCGUCUAAUCCCUCCGCUCUCCGAGGAAUCCCAUCCUCCUCUUCCUCCUCUGUCUCAUGCAAAUCCCCGGCCGCCACAGACGUCCCACAUGGCUCUGCUGGCCUCACAGCAAAUGGGGUCACGCUGAAAGGAAAUGAGACAAGAUUGGCUGGUUGUGGUUAUGGUGGGACAAUGGUGCAGCAGAUACAGGGAGAAACUACACAGGUUGUUGCCAUUAUACCCACUCAGAACCUGCUGGAGCCUAAGUCUUUGCCAGGUGUCAGCUCUGUGGGCCCAGUGAUGAUGGUCUCAGUAGGAGCCAGUGUAGAACAAAGUGCAAGACCUUCCUAUAAAAUGUCUGUGAAGACAUACACCCGCAGAGGUCGAGGGAGGUGUCCAAACCCUGGAUGCUCAUUUGUAUAUGUCACCCGCCACAAGCCACCAACGUGCCCUGAAUGUGGGAGCCACUUGGGUGGAAAAUGGAUAUCUGCUGCAAAGAAGACACAGGAGAGAGAGGCUGCAUCCAAGCAAUUACCACAGAAAGCUGAAACCAAGAUUAAAGAAAGCUGCCAACCCAUACCCCCUGCCACACAGGAGGGGAAUGCUAAUGCUGGUAAAACAAACAUCACUGAGAGCAAAAAAGAAGUUCAACGGUCCCUCAAAAAGCAGCGUGCAGUUCCAGAUGUAAAGCCACCAGAGGGCAGCAGCACCAGAGAGCAGGAACAAACAAGACAGAUGAAAGACGGUCUUCAGGGCACGACAGUCCCAGGUCAACACAGAAGCAAUGCCACUGUUCAAAAGAGGCCUGUGAGACCCAUCCUUCCUGCCUACUACAGCACAGGCCGUGCUGUGUUCCAGAUCAUAACUGUCCCACCUGAAAAAGGAAAGUGUCAGAGUGCAAACAACAGCAAAUCAUCCACCGUGCCUCGAGAGAGUUUCUCAGGUCUCAAACCAAGCACUUUAAAGCAGCUCGGCCAGGCGGUCCCGGCAACCAAAGCUAAGCAGGAUUCUUCUGUCUCAGCAGAUGGAAACCAGCCUGUGUCUUCACUGGUUGAUAGGAGAGUGAAUAUCGUGUCAGUCGUGCCUUUUAAACAACACACCGUUUCCAGCUUUGAUUUGGGUCUGUCUACGGCACGAGGAAGGGGUCGAUGUAAGAACCCGUCGUGUGACUACAUGUAUAAGAACAGACACAAACCUGCAGUGUGCCCUAAAUGUGGCUGUGAGCUGACCCAGAAGAAUGCCAAGGGAGCAAAGUCGGAGACUCUGCUCGACCCGUACCAGGUCCUGAGUCCUGCUCAGAAGGACAUCCAGCGGCAGAAUACCCUGCAGUUACUGCAACGUUCUCUGCAGAUUCCUGAGAGUGAGACCGAGCUGCAGGAAACACUGACCCUCAUCCAGGAGCUCAACAGUCUCCAGAUCAUCUUGGUUCAACCAGGUGACCAGGAGCACAAGGACAGCGUAGAGACGGAGACGUUGGUAGAAUCUGGGUGGCCUCAGUUCUAUGAAUCGGCAGCUACUCACUGUGGCUUGUGUAACUACCCUCUCUUCAAAGGAGGUCAGAGUACCGUUGCAGGACAAGUGGACUGCUGGCUGCUCACUGAGACACUGAUCCAGACAGCCACUCUUCAGCUCAAGGUGUGUCUCAACAUUCAGUGUCUGGCUCUGCACAGCUUCACAGACCUGCAUCCAGGGUUGUUCAACAUUGGGAACCGACUGCUGGUUAGUAUUGACCUGUUACUGAAGAUAAGGGCCUGUAUCAAACUGGGCCAACCUCCUGCUCAUGCAGCCAGGACCAUACUAGACAACGUUCCCAGUCAUCCUGUCCAUGCUCUGAGUCCAGAGGAGUUAUCGCAAAUUCAAGAGUUUCUCCUGAGUGGUUACUGGGCCUUUGAGUGUCUCACAGUGCGAGAUUACAAUGACAUGAUCUGCGGCAUUUGUGGUGUUGCUCCUAAACUUGAGAUUGCACAGCGAUACACAAGAAAUGUACUGGAGCUGAAGAAUGUGGAGUUUACCUGGCCCGAGUGUUCAGUUUCAGAUGAGGUACACAUGGAUGACUUCUGGCUGACCAUGGAGAGUGAGGCUAUUGAGCAAGCGACUUUCCCCACUGACAUCCCUAUCACACGGGUGGAUGCUUCUAUCAUUGCUCCCUUCAUUCCCCCGCUCAUGAGGAGUCCCUCUGUCAUAAACACAGAGAAGGACAAGGUCCUGUCACACACACAGCAGCCCUCAGGAGAUCCAUCAGUUUUGGUGCGCCUCAUUCAUGAUGGUCAGCUUAGACUUGACAAGAUUGAAGAUCAUAGUGAAGACGAGCUGAGAACAAUACUGGACUGCUGCGGGGCAAGCCUCAGCCCAGGCUCGACCAAGAAUGAGCUGCUGACCUCCCUGAUCUCCUUGUACACACUUGUUCACGGCGGUCUUUCAACGGCUCCACAGCCCCCUCCACAUCUCACUGCUGGAAAACUCUCCAAGGUCUGCCCCCACAAGGUGGUGUGUGGCUCUAAGUACCUAGUGAGAGGAGAGACGGCUCGGGACCACGUAGACCUGCUGCUCUCCUCCCGCUACUGGCCCCCAGUCUAUGUUAGUGACUGUGCAUGUGAGGUGGCACUCUGUGCUGACAUGCAAUACCCAGAAAUGGCAAGCCAAAUGUGGGGGAGGAACCAAGGCUGCUUCUCUGACCCUUUCGAAAAGCCAGAGUUUGUGUCAUGUGCUGAGCUACAAGACCAGCUGUACAGCGCUGACUUGUCGUUGGUAGCAGAGAAUCAGCAGGUCCACCCCAUCACCAAAUCAUCUUGUUGCUGGCUCGUUCAUCCUCCUGGAGCUGCUCAGGAACCUUCAGCUCUUCCAUCGGAGCAUUACUCCAUGGCCCUCUGCAGAGAUCUGGAGCCCUACGUUAGCCUGGUGGCUGAGCUGGAGAAAGAGAAGGAAGAGGAGGACGACGAGGGGGCAGAGAAGAAAGAGCAGAUGGACAAAGCUGAGAAUGACUCUACAGAGAACUCACUUGAUGCGGACUGUUACGCGGUAAGCCAUACACGGCGGCAACCUGUGGUUUUCAACAACACAGCUUAUUACUACCUUUACAACCGUUUGGUCGAUUUUCUCACCAGCAGAGACAUUGUAAGUCAGCAGAUAAACGAAGUGGUGAAGGCCUGUCAACCUGGGGAGGUAGUGAUCAGGGAUGCUCUGUACCGACUGGGAGUGGCACAGAUCAACACAGACAAAGAGGAUGAGGAAGGCAGGGUGCAGGGACAGACACAAGAGGGAGGGACAGAGACAUAUGAGGUUGUGCUUCCUGAAUAGAAAUGUUCAAGAUAUACUGUACAGUCAGCAUGCAGACAGAGGGAUGGACUGAAUGUAAAGAUUGCUGCAUGUAAAGACCUGAGUGCAAAUAAUAGGAGAAACAGAAGGGAGACGUAAGUGCGACCAGAAGGAUCCACGAAUUUGGAAGUAACACUGUGCUAAUCACAAUUUAGUGCUGGAGAGUACUUUACUGUUAGAUGAGUGUGUACAACAGCGCAUUUAAUCAGCCAUACAUAGUUAUACUGAUGUUAGGAAAUAGACUGAAUAGAGAUAAAGUGGGUUGAAUUAUGCCGAAGCUGACCUUAUUAUUGGUGAUGAGAAGAAUAAUCAGCAGUGUUAACUCUGAAUGUAAUUAAAAAAAAUUUUAAAAAAUAAAUAAAUAAAAAUGACUGGUUAUGCGGUCAUAUUCGAAAACAUCUCUAUCUAAAUUUAAUAGUAAGUUUAGAGUAAGUAGAAAACACGUUGAUGAAUUCUGAAAAUCAAGUGUAUUGUUUCAAACGACUAAAGGAAUGUAACAGUUUUUUGUGUGAGAUGCCCAGAGGUGAGAGUGUGUGUGUAGGUGAGCCUUCCUGUGACUGAAUGAAUGUAUAGAGGAUUUUAAUAAGUCGGUUAAUUCAAGCCUAAAUGUAUAUAUUUAAACAUGAAUAGUGUGUUGUAUUUAUUCCCCUUCAUGUUAAGAGAAAUUUCUGCUUUACAUUUUACAUUGUUACCCCCCCCCCCUGCCACAUGUUGCCUUUUAGACUGAUGUUUGCUUUUGAAAAGUGAUGAUAAUUAUACUGAACCAUGAUAUCGUAAUGGAACGUGUGGCCUUCACUUUAUUUUGGAUUUCUAUUUUCUUCUCAUUAGAGAUCCAUUUAAAGACACUUACAGUCAGUUGUCUUAAUUCCUGCGAACCAAAUGGCGAAUUAACUCUUAAAAAACGAACUCUGUAGACCUGCCUGCAUGAAGUGCUGUAGGGAUAUUACUUUGUGUCUCCAGUGCUUUGAUUAGCAAUCAGAACAAGACUGUCAUAAAGCAUGUAGGGUUUGUCCAAGUGGUUGAAAUUUGUUCAUAUGCUAACACUCUAAGUUUUCAGUAUGGGAAACCUAAUGAUCACAACACUUCGCAGCAGCCAAGUAUAAUGUAGAUAAAGAAAUAUUGUAAUACUUAAAGAGUCCUGUGAACUGCAUAUGUAACAAAUAAAUAUAAAUAAAU